AGCGCCCAGUCAAGCAGAACAUACUCAGGACACUCAGGAAGGGGCUCAGGUUGAGCCAUGCUGAGGUUGGGCCCUGUCACGCAGCUGCUCCAAGCACCCUUCAAGUACUGGGUGGUUUCCAAGGCCCACAUCUCUGCCAAGCCAGCCAGAACCCCCACUUCCCCUAUGGAACAGGCAGUGGGGAUCUCUGUCAUGUUCAUCACCUUCCUGGUUCCUGCGGGCUGGGUCUUGUCCCACCUGGAGAGCUACAAGAAGAGCUCUGUAGCAUGAAGACCCCACAGACUCACAGGGCACAGCUCUGAAAGAUAACAUUAAACUUCCUUCCACAUGC